AUGGCCGAUGUCCUGCUUCUGACUCCGCAAAGCAUGGCGUUUGUGUCCUGCAGCGGCGUGCCUGGCCUCCAGGCCUAUCCCAAGUCGACCAAGGCGGCCGAGCGGGCGCAUCGCAGCCGACUCAACAAGGUGCAUGAUGAGGCGGUGCGCCGCAUCUCUGCCGGGGACGACACGCCCAGCCUGCAGCUCCAGGCGAGAGCGUCGCAGCAGCGGUGGCAGCAGCAGACAGUGCAGCGGCUGAAGGGCGCGGUGGUGGGGCCCGCCGUGCCGCAUGCGUUUGCCGUCGCCGGGGCAGCGGCUGCGCAACAGCACGCGCCGCUGCCAGCAGCGAGCUUUUCGGAAUCUAGCAGCACCAAUGGCAGCAGUAGCAGCAGCAGCAGCUUUGGCAACAGCGCCAGCAGCUGGGGCGCCGCCGCCUCACCCACCGCAGCAGCGCAGCAGGCGCCGCUUCUGCGGCCCCAGCAGCCGAGCACGGCAGGGGACGGCGCGGGCCUGUACGCAGCGGCUCACACCCCCCCUGCAGCCCGGCAGGCAGCAGCGGCGGCGCCGCCGCCGGCCGAGCAGCAGCAGCAGGCGGUCGGCGGCGGCGGCGAGGCGGCGGAGGUCAGCGAGGAGGCGAUUGCGGCGGCGUUCCGAAACGAACCGCCGCCCGACGUGCAUGUGGUGAACACGCUGGCGGCGGCGCAGGCAGCGGCCAGGCAGCUCAUGUCCAUGCCCGACGGCUCUGUGUUUGCCUGCGACACAGAGGUCAUGGAUAUUGAUGUCAGCUCCCACUCCCCCUGCUGCCACGGCAAGGUCAUCUGCUUCUCGAUCUACGCGGGGCCCGACAUGCACUGGGGCGAGGAGCUGCCCGCCGUGGGCGCCCCGCGCCGCUCCAUGCUGUGGGUUGACACGUGGCUGGAUGGCGAGGAGGGGCGGGCGGGCGAGGCGCGGGCCAUUGUGGAGGCCUUCCGCCCCUUUUGGGAGUCGCAGCAGCACAAGAAGCCGCCCCUCCACCUGCGCGAGCUGUUUGGCGGCAACGACGAGUGGCAGCGCAAGGAUGAGCUGUGA